UACUGAACAGUUUGAGUUUUGUCGUCGAUCGUUGUCGUUGAUCGUCUAAAAAUAAAAAUUAAAAAAUCCAUCACGCAUUGUGUUCUCAUACAAGAAAUUUAAUUAAAAGUUUUUUAAUUAAAUUUUUGUUUUUUAAUUCCAACAAGUUCAACAAAAGAAUCCAGUGAAGUGGUUUAAAGUUUAACAAGUGCAACUUUAAAAAAACAACACAAUUUUAAUUGUUACCAAUGUAGCCUAAUCGAGUUUUUAAACACGAACAUUUUAAGUUGUUUCGUGUUAAAAAUUAAAUUUCAUUUAUUUCUCUGCUUUAUACUUUUUCUUUAUGUGAAAAUUGUUUAAUUGUCAAAAAAUCGAAAUCAAAAUUAUUUCUUCUUUCAAAGCAACAAAAAUAAAGUAAAUUAAAAAUAUAAAUUGUUUUGUGACACAAAAACAGGUCACGAGUUUUGAGUAAAUUUCCGAAUUUCAAUGGGGUGACUUGUGCAACUAUCUUUCCUGAGCCCGGGAUCAAAAGGGAAAUCUUGACAGAUAACCAGCUAAAAAGCAUCAAAAACUCUUAAGGAAAAGUUUCAAAAACCAAAAUUUGCAUCGUACAAAAAUUCUUGAAUCUCUAUCAAAAAUCAUCAACAUCUGAAAAAGUUUUUCUCUAUUUAAAAAGCAACACCAACAAAGUUUCAUCAUACUUUUACCUAAAACAUUCUCAAACAUUUUAAUCCCACUUCUGAAACUCACACCGAAAAAAGUAUCUACCAAAAAUAUAUCUGUCAUUGAAAGAUAUUUCAUUUAUACGGGCUUUAGGAUUAAUCCUUUAACCUGAUCACACUCUUAAACAAAAAAUUAACCCUCCUCCGAUGACCAACAAGGUCGUUUUGCCAAACAAAUUGGCAUUGGUUACACCAACGGUCAGAUCAGAUAUCCACCUAAAACAUCACCUAAUUACAUUGGCAGCAACAUCAAGCCUACAGCUUAAACACCAAGGACAUUCGUACGCUGUCCGAGCUGAUCUAAAUUAUCCGUGAAGAGGAUAGCCCAGAAAACAGAUCGCAUACUAUCAAUAAAAACGACCAAAAAGGGCUUUAAAAACAAGAGCCCCAAAAAUCUUUAGUCCCUUCGUUACCGUAACACAUUUAAAACGACCGAGACAAUGUUAAAAGUAGUGGGUGCGUCGUGGCAGAAAACACGGAUAGGGACUUACAUCCUUAUCGGUGCUGGUCUGUUGGUAGUUGCUGCUUUUUUUGUUGCCGGAAUGGAUCGUCCCGAGUAUGAUGGUACUUAUUGUGCGACUGCGUUUUGGACGGAGAAAGUAGGCCUCCAAAUCGAAUACUGGAAGCAGCAAAAUGAUCUCGUAAACAUUCCAAAAGGUGCCGCUAGGAUAUGCUAUAAGGAUUCGAUUUAUCAAAAUGGAUGGGCUCAGCUUGAAAUUGAGACACAACGUUCGUAUCCUGAUUGGGUGCAGGCCCUUGGUGCAGGUAUGCUUGAAGGAUCCCUAACGUGGAAUAAUAUCUACAAUCAAUGGUUAAACACCAUUGGUUCAGCUUGUGAUAAAGAUGAAAAUGCUCAGAACUUUUGUACCUGGCUAAGAGAUACAAUCUCGGCAAAUUAUUUCGCUACUAAGCAACGAGCCCUUGCUCGGGCAGAUCACGAUCAGUAUUGGCAUCAAAUAGCUUUGUAUUUCUUCCAACUCGAAGGUUUGGAAGCCGGUUUUAAGCGCGGGGCAAGUCGAUCCCGUUCCGAUGUUGAGGAAGAGAUUCCUUUUGUGGACUUUCUGCUAAUGAAUUCUGCUGCAGAUAUUCAAGAUCUCAAGAUCUACUAUGAAAACUAUGUGCUGAAGGAAGGUAAUGGCGGACAGUCGGAGAAGAACUUCUUCCUUCCAAGUGCCACAAUGUUCACGAAAAUAUUUCAAAGCGAGGCCAACUCAGGGUGGCAGUUGCUCUUCGGGCAUAGUUCGGCGGGAAGUUAUUCAUCGAUGUUGAGGAUUCAGAAACGUUACAAGUUCCGUUACCACUUUUCGCCAGAUCAACGUUCUAACACGGUUCCAGGGGUGGACAUCAGUUUUACUGGAUAUCCAGGAAUUUUGGGCUCUACAGACGACUUUUACAUCGUCAAGGGACGUCAAGUGCAAUCAAUUGUCGCCGGGGUAGCAAUCAAAAACGAGAAUCUUGACUUGUGGAAGAAUGUUCCUGUGACUGAAGCAAUUCCAUUGACAGCACGUGUAAUGGCGGCCAACAGAAUAUCUCAAAGUCGCCGAACAUGGGCCAGGGCUAUGUCAAGGCAUCCUUUCACUGGCAACAAGCAGUGGGUUUCGGUGGAUCUUAAGAAGCUUAACGCUCUCGAGGGUUCACAACAUUCCAACGGUGGCGAGGUGGAAAAUGAAAUUGAUAUCCCCACUAAGUCUGAGGUCUCAGCUGAUGGCCUUAUUUGGGUUGUGGAGCAACUUCCGGGACUUCUUCAUGUCAAAGAUGUUAGCAACAGCUUUUUAAAUGGCAAUACCACUUGGGUUGCAAAUGGAGUUCCGUACUUCGACGAAAUUCUUGAGGCUAGUCGAGUUCCUGCAGAAAAUUUCAGCAUGGACUUACCCGAUGGUGAUGAGCUUAAUACCCUUGAGUCUGUAGAAAAAUACCUUAGGCUCAACGGAUUCCGGGGAGAUCUUCUGGGCGAUGAGUCGGUACCGUAUGGCAACAUUGACAUCAAACUUUUCUCUUUUAACGCUAAGAGAGGAUUGAGCGACUAUCAUGCAUUUGCUGGACCGAUUUUCAUGAGAUUCCAUCACAACCAGAACGAAGACACUCUGACUUCUGAGUCUCAUGUAGUUGUUGAUUUGGCUACGGAACUUGAAGUCAUCACCGAGAGACGUCCAGUGCGAAAUGAUAUGAGAGCGAUUGCCAUGAGACGAGGUAGUGGACCGUUUAAAUGGUCAACUGUAGUCGAAAGAAUUCCAGGAGCCGAGCACGAAGGACAUCCCGAUGAGUGGGACUUCGAUCAUGUGUCACCUAAGUGGGCGUGGUAGUUCAGCAAAGAUAAUGAAAGUUCAUUUUUAAGUAUAGCGUGAAUGGGAUCUACAUAAAUGUUGUGUUCUUAGAUAAUUUUCGAAUAGAAGACCGUUGAUAUAGUGAAACCGAUGUUGUAGUAAAUUUUAUUUUUCUAAUUUUAAAAACUAAAACAAGAAAAUUGUAAUUUUUGAAUUUUAUUUGCAUUUGUUUGUAGAAAGCUUUUUUUAAUGUUGCAAUUAUUAUUUAAAAAAUUGUACAGCACUGAUGUUAGAAAAAUUUGUAAUUAAAAAUAAUAAAAAAGAAAAAGAUAAAUCUGUGUCUUCCAAAAAAGUGCUUUCUAGUUUAGAAAAAAAGGAACAGUGUUGAAAAAAAUAGAAAAAAAUAUUUUUGAUACGAAACAAUUUUUUUUUUAUAAAAAUCUGCAGAGAAAUAAACAAAUGCUAUAAAGAAGAAUA